UAAUGGUUUACUUCAAUGGUUCAUAGAAAACAUGGAGUUGUCAAAAGAAGAUAUAACAUUUAUUACCGAUGAGACACUGGAGUUUGGUCUGUUUUCUCCUUUAGAUGGACAAGAAGAGGGGGACUCCAUCAUUUGCCCCAUGGAACCCAGGGAAAGAUGUGUAGCCCAAACAAUUGACAUGAACGUCUUGCUGGGGGAGAGCGUGGGCGGGGUCAGAGAGCAGACCUCCGAAUGGAGCCCACUCAGUCCUGAGAAGCUGGAGGAGGUCAUGAAGGAAGCCAACCUGCUAGCUGAACAGCUGGAGAGAUGCCGGCUGCUGGAGAAGGAGACGAGGCUGGAGACGCUUCCAGAACUUGAGCCGUUACCAUCAACCGUCUUGCAUAUGGUCAGGCCAAGCCCCAGGAACCCGAGACGAAAGACGUUCAAUGUCAAUAACAGCCCUCUGAAAGCACUGCUGCCAACAGUGGGGCCUGAAACCUGCUUGCCUCGAGUUUCCCCCAAACCUCCCUUUCCCAAGGGCAGAAGUCCUGCUUCCUCAGUUGCAGACUUGCUUAGUUCCAAGAGGCUCCAAAAUAAAUCUAACAUCUGCAACACCAACAGUCGGCUGUCUCAGAAAUCCGGACCCAGUCAGUCAUUGAAGGCCCGGGCGACAGUGACAUCCAGCUGUAAGGCAACUAGUAGGAGCAGCAGGAAGGAUAAACCACCUCCGCUCACCCUUCCCAAUGCCGGGCAAGAUCAGAAACCCGUGCAGCACUUGAAGCCUCUCCCUCGAAACAACAGGAGGGGACCUUUGAGGAAGGCAGAGGAAGCUUCCAGCAAGGCCUCUUCUGCUGAAGACCCCCAGUCAAGCCUUCGGGAUUCAUCCAGGAGACGUGUGAUAUCAGUCGCACACAUGAGAGGAAAGGGUCCAUUGCAGAACAGGCUGGGGCCACUGCAGACCAGCCCUGCAAAGAAGUUCCCUGCUGCUGCAGAAAAGGUGGUGGCUCUCCAGAAGGCAAGUGCAAGCCAGGCUAAAACUAUGGGAGCUGAUGACCCUCCAUCACAACCCAGCUCCAAGCCUCGUAACGGCUCUUUCCAGGUUCGAACCCGGCACACUGCCACGUCUGCGCUUGCAAGCCAACUCCCAGUUCCAAAAGCAAGCAGUCGUGUUGCCACUUUGGGCAGGCCCACGGUUCCAGGAAGGCCCAGCCAGCUCAAGCCGUUGAGUUUGGGAGCAUCUGGUGGGAAUGUAACAGCUAUGCCAAUCCCUGCUGCGAAGAAAGUUUCUACAAUUCAGCAAUCAGCCCCUUCGAGCGUUUCCCAAAACAGCAGGCUGCGGUUGCCGAAGAAGCUAACUUCUGACAAUUCAAGGUAACAACACCAGGCAUCACUAAAAUCCUUGGGGAUGGGCCAGGAACGUAUGAUAAUCUGAGACUCUUUCCUUGUGAAGCUAAAACUGGACAGUCUGAUUUGGCCUUUGCUACCACUGUUGGAAACCUGUUACCACUUCAUACAGGGCACCUUUAAAGACUGCUUACCUGCAGGGCUUCUGCUGUGGAUCUCUUCCAUCCCAGGUCAAUGUUUUUUUCUAGCCUGGGGGUGAAGUCUGGGGGUAGUUGUAUAUGUAGCCACUGCCUCUUCUUGCCCUACUACUACAUUCCUGGGUGCCAUUGAUUUGUAGAGCAAAUGUGCAUGGCUGGAAGAAUGCCCAAGCUUCUGUGGACUGUGAAACUUGGCCAAGAUUUUGCUGUUCGGGAGGACCUCGACGCCUGCUACACCAGGGCAUACCUAUAUGAGUUUGGAUGUUUUGUCCAGUUCUCUUCCAGCUGAAGGCCUUGCAAGGUCAAACAGCUUUCUUGGGGAUCAGUGCAAUAUUUAGUCACUGAUGCAACAUACUACUACAACACAGAGCCAUAUGGAAGUAUUACAUUAUUACUGGACAAUAUAUAUGUUGGUGGUUUUGAUUGCUAUUUGAGAAGAAAACACUAAUGUACAAUGGCAAUGAAUUUCACUUAUGUAAUAGGAUAGUUGUUUCUUUUGAAUAAGCUUAUGGCGUAUUAGCAAUAAGGUAGCUCUUAGUUUUCAUUAUUAUGUGAAAGGAUAUAGGUAGGUUUUACUUUAAACUGUUUACGAUUACAUAUUUGUACCCUACUUUCCCUUUAUCAUUCUCUCUGAAAAGUAUCCCUCAGUUUAAGGCCUACUGGAUUUUUUGUGUUGUCAAGAUUACAACGUGUCAAUUACAUUUCAGCUCUUUGAGUGCACUCAAAGGCAGAAUCUGAAAGGUGAGAGUAAAGAAGGUCGCUACUUUUUGUUUCUGGCAGUGCUCCUGUACUCCUAAGAGUUGUACAGCAGUCAGAAAUUUAAGCAGAAACUUGUUAAAUUUCUGCAUAUUGUAUAGCUGAUAAAACCACAGGAGACUUAAAAAAAAAAAGGGUAACACCUUUGGGUUGCAUCCAGACUUUGUCAUACUUGGAAUAGACUUAAUGAAAUCAAUGAAACUCCAGUUAGUCAUGACUAAAUUAAGUCCCAUUAAUUUCAAUAGGUCUAAAUAUGAUAUCUUUGUUGUACUUCCUAAUAAACCUAGUUAUUCUUA